UUGCAAACCUCCCUAGUCCCUUCCAAAAGUUCAAAUAGUGCACCCUCCGUUCAAAAAAUAGAAACCCCUCGGCCUUUUCUCCUGUUGUGCUUCAUAAUCAUAAUUCGUAAUUUCCACUUCAGUUUGCAUCACUCAAAAACAAGCUCUUCAAUUUCAAGAUAUUUCAUCAGAAAACUUAAUUUGCAUUGCACCCAUGUUUCUAUAACCAGAAGAAGAAUCAAAUACAACAAAAAUGAAUGAUUCUUGCUGUCCCAUCUGCCAAAAUCUGAUAUCAAUCCAUGAAAUUGAAAGGCAUGUGAACAAUCACUUUGAGGAUGAUGAGUUCAGCAAGGAUAUGGAAUUAGCUCAGCAAAUUGCACUUGCCCCACCAAGCCCACCUCAAUUUAUGGAUUUGCAGGACAGAAGCUUCUGGUCGAAUUUGAAUCCUCAGACAGUAUGUGAAGGGGUUCCAGAAAGUAGUACAUCCAGGGAUCAAAGGAAUAAUAGUAGUAGUAGUAAGGAUAAGCGAAAAGAUAUUGAUGAACAGAUUUGUUGUAUUUUUAACUUACAGAGUAGGGAAACUUUCUAUAAGGUUGAAGGAGGAUUAGUCAACUUACUAAAAAAAUGCUUGGAAAAUGAAAAUUCUACAAGUUUACUUUCAGGUUAUGUUGAUCAUUUUCAAAGCAUUAGAUCAGAAGAUAUGGGAUGGGGUUGCGGAUGGCGUAACAUUCAAAUGGUUAGCUCACACUUACUUAAGGAAAGGCCGGAAGCAAGAGGGGUUCUGUUUGGAGGUUCAGGAUAUGUGCCAGAUAUUGGUUCGCUUCAAAGAUGGCUUGAAGUUGCUUGGCAAAGGGGUUUUGACACUGUUGGGUCAAAAUAUUUUGAGGGGAAAAUUUAUGGUUCAAGUAAAUGGAUAGGGACAACAGAGUGUGCGGCAGUUUUAUGUUCUUUUGGUCUUCGAGCGAGGAUAGUUGAUUUUGACAGUAAGGGUGUUAAGAAUGGUGUAGGGCGAGCUUGUGGACCUAUGGAUAAAUUUGUUGUCAGAAGGGAAAUUGACAUUAAAGAAGAUCUUGCUAAGUUUGGUGAGGGAUCUGCGCAGAAUAGAAAGGGUUAUCAAGCUUUGAUUGAUUGGGUUUGGGAUUACUUUUCUAAGUAUGAACCAAAGGAAUCACGUCAACGUCGGGUUCUUGUUACUAAUAAGAUGCCAUUAUAUUUUCAGCAUCAGGGCCAUUCAAGGACCAUUAUUGGUAUUCAAGUCAAGCAUGAGAAAAAUGGACGGAAACAGUACAAUCUGUUGGUCCUAGAUCCUGGUCAUAUGACAGAGGCUUUGGAGAGGUCGUUGAAAGAAAAUUUUGGAUGGCAGAAAUUUCUGAAAAGAGGACUUCAUACUUUGAGGAAGCCUCAGUAUCAGCUGUGCUAUGUUGAUCCUGGAAUUGCUAAUGUAGAGGAGAUUGAGCAGCUGAAGAAUUUGUCCAGUGUUCGCAUAGAAUGCUAGAUAGAAUCAUGUUCUGCCGUCUGCGAGCCUCUUUCAGCAUUAGACUAUCAACAUCUCCAGUUUUCACUUGCAACUGGAUGUCAGACCAGACAAAACGUGAGGGUCUUGCAAUGAAUGGGGAGGCUGAGAAAACAACUGGAUUUCGGACCCGAUAAGUGAUUAUCAGUACUUUUUCAGAACAGAAUUCCUUGAAAUUUUGUUGGAAAUAAAGAUGUUUAAAAGAUGCGGAGUGCUUCAGCCUACUAGAGCCUUUGUCUGCUGAUGUAUGUAUCAUGUGUUAGAAAGGCGUAUGGUCUGCUCCUCAUCUCUUCCUCCAUUAUGAAGUUGCUGGUGCUUUAUAUGAUGCCAGCUUUUUGGUUUUAAAGGAGAGUUUUGCUUAUUUAUUAUCCAGGUGAGUUGAUAUAAAGUGCUCUGAAGCUAGCUGUUAUAGGAUGAAAAAUCGCAUAUAAGGCCGUUUUACAAUAUUUUUUUGUAAAGUGGGGGUUAUUUUUGUUCGAAAGGGGUCACUUAUAGUAAAAGUGACCCCUUUAAAGUGAAAGACGGCCCAUCUUCUACAAGUGAAUUUUGUAACUCAUAAAAUGACCUCUUUGAUUUAACAGUGACCAUUUUAGGGAUCAAAAUGAGGUGGUCUUACAAUACUUUUAUUGUAAGGUAGUCUUAUACAAGACUUGAUAUUUAUAAGAGGAGGAUGUUACAUUAUCA